UUGUAGUCCAGUCACAAGAUCAUAAAAUAAUUGACCUGGCGUUAUGGAAAUGCUUUCAGUUAGUCCUGUAAAGAAAAAGCUUCCACAAGAUCAUAAAUAAUUGACCUGGCGUCGGAUGCGGUUUAAAUGAUGUGCAUUAUAAGUUGUAUAAUCUGCAGGCAAUGGAAACCAGGGGAAAUAUCAAUGCAUCUGCCCACAUAAUCUGCAUGUGGUUUGAAGAUAUUCCGGGGAAUUAGUUUCAUAUUAGAGGGGUUUAGGGAAGUAUUUCAACUAGAAGUAGAUAAGCACGAGGAAUUCGAUCAGACUUAGUUUUUCCUCCCUGCAAAACAUGCCUUGCUAACUAGUAAACUCAAAUUAUCUCAAAUGAAUGAUAUUUUCUUAUUUUCCAUUUUUUGGUCCCUGUUAUUUGUCAUUUUCUCAAGGCACCGAAUUCCAUGUUCCAUGACUUGGACAUGAUUGGACCAGUACAGGAUGCUAUGGUAACACAAUUGGACUCUUCUGUUAACCAAGAGGUCGCCAGUCAAGAACAUCACCAUCACUUAGAAGAGCCAGUAGGUGUUCUUGCACCAGAUCAGUCAGAAGGGCAGCAUCAUCAGCCCUAUUGUCCUUCUUUCUCUUGCGGCCCUUUCAGAAACAUAUCGUCUCCAUUUCGUCAGGCAAGUGAUCCACCUGGGUGCGGCUAUAAAUCUUAUGAGCUAGUUUGCGGUGAUACAAAGGCUACAAUUCGCAUCAACAACGUGACAUACUAUGUGUCUGCCAUCAACUACAGUGAUUCUUACUUCUGGGUAGUUGAUGCCGACAUGGAUUUAUACAGCAGCUGCCCUCUACCUCGGUGGAAUCAGCCUCCCUCUUCCUUCUGGGAAGUUGAUCACAACAUGGAAGUCGAAUUGGACCCCCUUUCACGUAGACAGUCUUGCUUUAUUAAAUGCUAUCGGGAAGUAAAGGACCAUGGUAUGUACAUGCGUGUUGCUUGCCUUAGCACCAAUGAUACUUAUGUUUACGUGUUAACUGGUUAUGAUUCUUGUUCUAUGGAGUAUCUCCAGCCUUCUUGUGGGUAUUUGGCCAUGACUCCUUCAGCUUGUGACACUCCAUUUUGUGAGUACUACGAGCUACUAGAAAAUGCAAGUUAUGUAGAUGUUGUGAAAUCCAUGAGGAUCGGAUUUGCCGUCAAAUUCCCUUUCUGGUAUGACAGGACGAGCAGAAGUAUCAAAGAGUGCAUAAUACGUCAGUUUCGCGACUUGCUGCAAGAGUGUAGUGAAGACGUCAGUAGUUGUGUUCAGCAAAUUCUUUUGGUCGAUGGAGAUUUCUGGUACUGCUCACUUCUUGCAACUGGAUUUAGUGAUGAUGCCUCAUCAAACAUACCAUUUGUCUUCUUCUCUGUCAAGUGGAUUGCUGUGCUAUGCAGGUUUGUGUUGGCACCACUGGCUGUGUUGAUCUUCCUCGCCCACAAGUAUUGGAAAACGAGGAUCACAGUCGAUGCUGUCGAGAAGUUCCUCCGAAUGCAACAGAUGCUAGGUCCAAUGAGGUAUGCCUACACUGACAUCACAGCAAUCACAAGCCAUUUCAGAGAUAAGCUCGGUCAGGGAGGCUACGGGUCUGUGUUCAAGGGUGUGAUAUUGCCAGGCAAUGUUCAUGUUGCUGUCAAGAUGCUAGAAGGCAAUCCUAACUGCAAUGGAGAAGAUUUCAUCAAUGAAGUCUCCACCAUCGGUAGGAUCCAUCACGUAAAUGUGGUGCGUCUCAUGGGAUUCUGCUCAGAUGAAAUGAGGAGAGCACUGGUUUACGAGUACAUGCCUCAAGGUUCUCUGGACAAGUACAUCUUCUCAGCCGAGAAGAGUUUCUCCUGGGACAAGCUCUCCGGCAUAGCUUUGGGCAUUGCCAAGGGGAUCGACUACCUUCAUCAGGGUUGUGACAUGCAGAUUCUGCACUUUGAUAUCAAGCCACACAACAUCCUUCUUGACAACAAUUUUGUCCCUAAAGUUGCUGAUUUUGGUCUCGCCAAACUAUACCCAAGGGACAACAAUUUUGUGCCAUCGAGAGCCCUACGGGGAACUAUUGGGUACAUAGCUCCUGAGAUGAUAUCACGGAGCUUUGGUGUCAUAUCGAGCAAGUCUGAUGUUUACAGCUUUGGGAUGCUGUUGUUGGAGAUGGCUGCAGGAAGAAGGAACGCCGAUCCGAAUGCAGCGAACUCGAGCCAAGCAUACUACCCAUCAUGGGUGUAUGAUAGACUAACUGAACAAGAAGUGUGUGAGAUAUCUCCCGUUGCUGGCAUGCAUGAGUUGGAGAGGAAGCUGUGCAUCGUUGGACUAUGGUGCAUCCAGAUGAAGUCUAAUGACAGGCCGACGAUGAGCGAGGUCAUAGAGAUGCUGGAAGGUGGCUUCGAAGGCCUGCAGAUGCCUUCCAGGCCAUUCUUCUGCGACGACGAGCACACCACUGUUCCGGAUUCUUACCCUUUGUUAUCCGAGCUGACCGAGAUCUCGGAGGAGGAUGAGAUCUCAGAUUCUUAUGUUUCCCGGGUCCUAUGAACUUCUAUGUGGAAACAUGUAAUAAAAUCUAGCAGUUAAAGAGGAUAUAUAACUCCAAUUGCUUAAUUGGUAGUAGAAUCUAGAAUGUAAUCAUCUUUCUGGAAGACACAUAUUAUCCGAAUAUAUGAAUAACAACUUGUGAAAGCUGAAGUGUUA